AUGAUUAAUAGGCCGAUGGACCAUAGGUAUCCCGUGUGGGUCAACGAUGAACCGGAUACCGAUUUGGAUAACAUGAUAGUUGACAUCCUCAAUGGUCAAGUAAAUGAGAGGUUUUGGGAUGGACUGACGUGUACCGAGGGCGUGAAAAGAAAAUAUCAGGCGAGGGCACCUGCUGUUCCAGAUACAGUGGAUGAGAGUCCUUCUACUAAGAGAAAAAAGGACAAACAACCUAUUGAUGGAUCUGAAACUUCAGAAAUGGUUACAACUCACAGCAUCAUACUUGGGUUAGUUGAGUCAGUGAAAGGCCUCACAACAAAAAUAGAAGGCAUCGAUGUUAGUGUAGCUGACAAGGUUAUUAAAGCAAUCGAAGCUACCAUAGAUGCUAGAGUGGAUGCUAGAGUGGAAGUACAACAAGCUGAAUUAAAGAAGAAUAUUGCAAGAUUGGAGGAAGAAGUAAAUUUUCUUAAAACCAAGGUUGUUGUGGCAUCUCCUGAUGUGAAUAUUUCUGCUGGUGUGGGCAACUCUAAGGCGUAUGAGGAUGAUGGCGGUAGUAGCAACGAGUUAUUCUAG